AUGGCCUCCCCCCGCUCCCCUUCCCUCGAUCGAGGCGCACUCUCACACGUGCUGGGGAUGGAGUCCUUGGCCACCUCUGCCUCUGCUGCUGCUGCUUCAGUUGCUGCGCUCUCGUCUUCUACGACCCCCACCACAGUCGACGACAAUGACAAUAACACCACCACGAUGGAGCAAAACAACAACAGCAACAUGAAGCACAGCAGCAACAACAACAUUGCAAAACCGAUUGAGGACAGGAGAAAGAAUUGGGCUACGGAUACGAACUUGGAAACGGACAUGGACAAGGAACACGGUCGACAACGCCACCAUAAUAGCAACAACAACAGCGUCCACCAUCACGCAGUUGCAACCGACAAAAACGGAGUGGUACCUCACAGCACAAAGACAGCCUCGUCAUCUGUGUUGCCGUCGUCGUCCUCCUCUUUUUCAGCCGUCGACUCGUCUUCACAACAGGACGGCCUCCUCCACAAGGUCGCUGUCCAGGCCUGCAAGUCCAUCUCGCGAUUGAUUGCUAAUGUCCAUAUCACAGUUGUCAAUACUUGCUACCUCCUCGUCGUGGACUCGGCCCAUCACAAGGACAUUGCCACCGCUGAGAGUGGCAGGAAACGCAAGAACCUAAGCGAUUUGAUCACACCCGUAGUGUCGGAAUCGACGUUGCAAAGUUUUACCGCUUCGUCCUCCUCCUUAAACGUCGCCAUCGCGUCGUCCUCGACCUCGUCAUUGUCGUCGAUGCCCUCAAACGCUGUAGAAAUUGUGGAUAUACCAGACUCUGUUGCUGAGCAGGACCACCACCUGAAGCGCAUCAAGGUCAACCACGUGGGUGACCAGAUUUCCACUGCACCUCACGCACAAGCCGACUUCACCGCUCACUCCACCAGCACCCGCAACGGACAAGAGCGAAAGCGCAAGUUGUCCGACGACCUAGUCACCCCCAUUAUGUCGGGUACAAGUACCCCAGGUCGCCACUCGGCUUCGCCAAGCCGUUCAGUUGCAUCAGUCUCGACACCCUCUUCAUCUGUACCUGCCGCCUCUGUGUCGCCACUUGUGGCACAAGGAUCUGGGGAGCAUGACCACCACUUGAAACGGCCAAGGGUGUACGAUGUGGAUGAAGAUUCCGACAAUAAUGCCCCAGUCACGGAUGACCGUCGCCAAAACGGCGCAAUUGUCAUUGACGACGACGAUGACGUUGAUGCAACCAGCGACGGGAACUCCAAUCAAGCUGAUUACAACGCCAGUUUCACCUAUGAUACUAGCUUCUCAGGGCAAGACGAUUCCAGCCUUCAUCGUUCAUUGUAUGUUGAGGAUGGUUCUGAGAGCCGUGAGCCGUCGCCCGCUCGUUCAGUUGACUCGGAUGCCACUGUCACCCCAAGGAGACUUCGUGACGCUGCGGACAGAUUAGCUACCCAUGUUCGAACGUCGUCGGUUGAACGACAAGCUGAGCCCGCCACUUCGCCAAGGCAACAUCUCUCGAGAAGUCCCUCGACAGAGCCGCUGUCAAUUGCGUCCCAGGCCGCCCCAACAGUUCAUUCUAUCGACGAUGACCCCGACAACGAAGAGGUCAUUGAGGUCAUUGACCUGACACCUCAACCUCGUAUUGGCAGCUACCCGCGAGGCGACAGUCUUCCUCGAGUCCCAGGUCUGACCCCUCAGCACUCCUUCCAGCUGCCCACCUUGCAACGCCUUGUCUCGAGAUCGUCACAAUCGGUGGAGAGAAGUCAAACUCGACCUACCAAUCGGUCUUCCAACAACUCGAUCGACAUUCUUGAAAUCUCGGACGACAAUGACGACGAUGAUGACUUUUACGGGCGUGACACAGUGCGCAUUGACAGUGAGGUCAGGGAGGUGCAAUUGGACCCGCACCACCCAUGGUCGCGCGGCCCUAUUCAGCUCAUCUUGCCGGCAGAAGAUCGGCUCGAAGUGGAGGGCCAUCGGCGUCCUCAAAUUGAGGACGUAGUGGACGUUGACGACCACUUGCCAUCGAUCGACUAUGCAGAGAUCGAGAGCGACAGUGAAGAGGAGGACGUUCGAGGCUCACAGGAGGUGGAUGAUGAUGGAUUGAAUGAAAGGCAGGUGGACGAGGAGCACAUCCGGCAGAGUUAUAUCAAGGCGUACCUCACCGUUGCCGCCGCCGCCUCGAUCAGCACGCCAAGGAUCGUUUCCAGCGAGGUCGCCGCCGUCCUUUAA